AAAACAGAUUCAAACCUUUUCUUCUUCUUCUUAUUCUUCUUCUAGAACAAACCAAUUCAAAUCAAAAUCAUCGUUUCUUUCAUCUCCACAAAUCCAAAUCCGAUCUCAUCAUCACAAAAUCAAUCAAUGGCAGAACUCGAAGACGAAGUGAAACGAAUAGUAGACGAGGUCAAGGAGCUUAACGAAUCAUCCGCUUCUUUCAUCUCUUCAUCUUCUCAACAAGAGCUAUCUCUCCGUCAAAACGCCUCCGCCGUUGAUUCAUCAAUCCGUCGUCUCCACUCUACUCUCGUCUCCGACAAAAAACUCGAUCCUAAACUCGUCGAGAAGCUUGAGGAAGAUCUGCAUCGUGCUCGAUGCAUGCUUGUUGAUGGAGAGAUAUCUUCGUUUCUCCCAUCGAAACCUCAAGGACGGUUUGUGAGAAUGUUCUUGGGGCCUGUGAAUGUUCGAGCUUUGCGUAAAGAUGUUCAGCUUAAAGUUAAAGAAGAAUACAAUAGCUACAGAGACAGGACUGCUCUUCUUUUUCUUUUUUUCCCUGCAACACUUUUAAUCCUUAGAUCUUAUUACUGGGGUGGUUGUUUGCCUGCAUUUCCUGUCCAGCUCUAUGAGGCUUGGCUGUUGUUUCUUUAUGCUGGGUUGGCUAUGAGGGAGAACAUAUUAAGAGUUAAUGGGAGCGAUAUUCGUCCAUGGUGGCUAUAUCAUCACUAUUGUGCCAUGGCUAUGGCCCUUGUCAGCCUCACAUGGGAAAUCAAAGGUCAACCAAACUGUGUCCAGAAACAAAGAGGAGUCCAUCUUUUCCUGCAAUGGGCUAUGAUGCAAGGUGUCGCCAUGCUUCUGCAAAACAGAUACCAACGCCAAAGAUUAUACACUCGCAUUGCACUGGGAAAGGCUAAGAGAAUGGAUGUCGUAUGGGGAGAAACGGCUGGUGUUGAUGGACAACUAUGGCUGUUAUGUCCUAUACUGUUCAUUUUACAGGUGUUUGAAGCAUACGUUGGACUGCUGUUGCUAAGAAAAACAGUAACUGGAGUAGUUACCGAAUGGCAGGUGAUGGUUUGUGGCAUUCUUCUGGUAGUGAUGGCUGUUGGGAACUUCAUAAACACAGUAGAAACACUAAUGGCAAAGUCAAGAGUUAAGGCAAAGAUGAAGAGAACUAAAAGCAGAGCAGAGCUUAAUUAGACUUUCACAGGUGUCAUCUGUUAAAAAAUCAGUCUUUUAUGUUUUUGCAAUUCACAAAUUUUUGUUUUCUUAGGCGACAAAACAAUGAACGUCCUUUUUUUCUGUGUAAAUGGAAGUGGUCGUUGAUAUAUUUGAUAAUUUUAUGUUGUA